GCCGGGGGUAUAGUCCUGUGCGUUCCCGGUUGCAGACUCUUGCCAGCCGCAUGCCCUGUGUGGAUGAAAGAUGUAUUAUGGAAUGAACCCGAGCCAUGGAGACGGAUUUCUAGAGCAGCAGCAGCAGCAGCCUCAGUCCCCCCAGAGACUCUUGGCCGUGAUCCUGUGGUUCCAGCUGGCCCUGUGCUUCGGCCCUGCACAGCUCACGGGUGGGUUCGAUGACCUCCAGGUGUGUGCUGACCCCGGCGUCCCCGAGAAUGGCUUCAGGACGCCCAGCGGAGGGGUUUUCUUCGAAGGCUCCGUCUCCCGCUAUCAUUGCCAAGACGGAUUCAAGCUGAAGGGCUCUACGAAGAGAUUGUGUGUGAAGCAUCUCAAUGGGACCCUGGGAUGGAUCCCGAGCGAUAGAUCCAUCUGUGUACAAGAAGAUUGCCGCAUCCCUUUCAUCGAAGAUGCGGAGAUCCAGAACAGGACCUACAGACACGGAGACAAGCUGAACAUCACCUGCCACGAGGGAUUCAAGAUCCGGUACCCCGACCUGUACAACCUGGCUUCCUUAUGUCGCGACGACGGGACGUGGGACAACCUGCCCAUCUGUCAAGGCUGCCUGAGGCCACUGGCCUCUUCCAACGGCUACGUGAACAUCUCCGAGUUCCAGACCUCCUUCCCGGUGGGCACGGUCAUUGCCUACCGCUGCUUCCCGGGGUUCAAGCUCGAGGGGUCGGAAUAUCUCGAGUGCUUACACAACCUUAUCUGGUCGUCCAGCCCACCGCGGUGCCUUGCUCUGGAAGUCUGCCCGCUACCUCCCAUGGUGAGCCACGGCGACUUCGUCUGCCACCCGCGGCCUUGCGAUCGCUACAACCACGGGACCGUCGUGGAGUUCUACUGCGACCCCGGCUACAGCCUCACCAGUGACUACAAGUACAUCACCUGCCAGUACGGGGAGUGGUUUCCUUCCUAUCAAGUCUACUGCAUCAAGUCAGAGCAAACGUGGCCCAACACCCACGAGACCCUCCUGACCACGUGGAAGAUCGUGGCGUUCACGGCGACCAGCGUGCUGCUGGUGCUGCUGCUCGUCAUCCUGGCCAGGAUGUUCCAGACCAAGUUCAAGGCCCACUUCCCCCCAAGGGGGCCCCCCAGGAGUUCCAGCAGCGACCCUGACUUCGUGGUGGUGGACGGCGUGCCCGUGAUGCUCCCGUCGUACGACGAGGCCGUGAGCGGCGGCUUGAGUGCCUUAGGCCCCGGGUACCUGGCCCCUGGGGGCCAGGGCUGCCCCUUGCCCGUGGAUGACCAGAGCCCCCCGGCCUACCCUGGCUCCGGGGAC